CCGCUCUCCCUCUUCUCUCCGCCCACUCUCCACUCGCCGGUGGCCCAAUCCUGGCGAUCUCGUCCCCGAUCGCUGCUCGCCGCCGAAAUCCAGAUAGUACCAAUGGUGGACAUCUGGUGGUCUCUCCUCGGAGCUGCCAUUCCGGCAGUGAUCACCGGUCAGGCAAUCAGAGUGCGUAGGCGGCGUGCCGAGGAGCAGCGGAUCAAGAGUGCUCGGGGCCGCGAGAAGAUUUCCGACGAAAUCUUUGUCUGCGAGAGGGUUUGUACUUCCAAAAGGAUGCUCAAAAAGGUCGGUGCUUUCUCUAAGGAUCCCACUCCUGAUACUUGCGUCACUGUGUGCGGUGUCUCCGAGCUUGAUGCUUGCGCUGAUGCGUGUGCGCGCACUGUUUGUGUGAACCAGCAUCAGGUACCCAAUUGGAACGACAUUUGCCUACGUAGGUGCCAGAGUGAAUGCCUCAAACUCUCUUCUUCCUCUACUAGCACUACUUCUCAAUGAACUCAGUUUAUCAUGAUUUUUUGCUACUUUGAUAGCUGAAGAUUGUGAUUUUCCUUCUUGUUUCUAACGAAGCAAUUUUUUUUCUUUGCUCAGUUGAAGCUUUAUGCCUUUUUUUGUCU